AUGAUCGGGUACGCUGCUUUAGCCUUCACCUGGCUGGCCUGUCCAGCAUCAGCCAGCUAUGCCUUCUAUGUCGGCAAGAAUCUCACCCAAGACGGCAGCGUCAUAGUCGGAGGCACCGGCGAAGAAGUGUCAAGUCAUUGGCUUCAACUCUUCCCAGCUCGCGACCACCCGCCUAAUUCGACAAUCACUGUCGGUGUCACAAAAGAUGCCACAUUUCCUGGAGAGCUCAUUGAAAUUCCUCAAGCGAACCACACGUUCCGAUACAUGAGCAUGGAGUACUCCGACUUUGAGGGCUUUCCCGCACCAUUGACUAAUGGUGGUUUGAAUGAGAAGGGUGUUACGGUCCGUGACGUUUGGGCUGAUAACCGUGAUGAGCUCCUCGAGAUGACUCCCAAUCCUCAGCGUGGUGUCCAAUACAGUGAUUUUGCACGCAUUGUUAUGGAAAGAGCCAGCAGUGCUCGCGAAGGUGUUGGGAUUAUUGGUGAUUUAAUGGCAAAAUAUGGUGAAGCUACAUAUGGUGGAAACUCACAUCUCAUCGCCGACAAGGAUGAGGGAUGGGUUGUCUGGGAAAUGGCUGGUGGUCAGAAACUCUGGGCUGCCCAGCGUCUUGGACCAAAUGAUGUCAAAGUCCUUUACCCCGGUUACAUCGAAAACUUCCCUACCGACUUUCAAGAUAGUCCCGACUAUGCUGGAUCCAAUAACAUUGUGUCAUUCGCCGUUGAGCAAGGAUGGUGGAACAAGACUUCAGGCAAGCCAUUCAACAUCUUUGAUGUCUAUGGUCCUCAAGAUCCUCGCUACAAGGCUCGUGAUGGGGGAUACAAGUUCAUGUCUCAGGCAGCUCUAGAGAAUGCGACUCUUGCGAUGGUUCCCUUGACAGAGGCCAAGAUGAUGCAGAGGGUGCGCGAUCCUCGAAUUGCCGACGACGAGGCUGGAUAUGGGCAAGUUGUCAGCCUCCACGACGGAAUCGAUCGAGACAUGUUGCGAAUCUGGAAUGCCCCAGCCACUUCCGUUGCAGCACCAUUCGUCCCAUGGUGGCUCGGCGUCCAAUCUGUUCCUCCGGAGUUUGGCGAACACCGUUAUCUGACAACCGGAGCAUCCAGCAGCUUCCUCAACCCGGAUUAUCAGCUACAAGAAGCUUCCGAGUUUGCUGGUCGCAUCUUUAAACGAGUGCUGUACUAUAUGUGUUCAGAGCCCAACAAGUACCAUCCCAUUGUUACAGAGAUGUUUGAACAGUUUGAGAGUGCGUCUCGCGCUCAGCUUCACGGCUGGGUUGAAAAGACGGCGUUGACUAUGAUUCGGCAGGGAGAGAGGAAGGCUGCCCAAAGCCUGUUGACUUAUUAUUCCCACACACGCGCUGCCGAGGCGCUUGAGAUUGGACAUAAUCUGAACAAUGCCAUGGAUAGUUAUAUAAAGUUGACCGGGAAAUGGCGUUGGCCUAAGGGGGAUCAGAUCAAUGACAGUGGCGAGGGUAAUGAGACUGUUAAUUGUCUUGUUGGGUUUGACCCUGAUAAGCCAAGAUACCUGCAGGAAUUGGCCGCUGGAAGCAUAACAGACGAAAUCAGUAGGUCACUUUAUGCUCCUUAG